AUGCUACAGAUCAACUCCAGGCUUGCAGUUAUUGAUGGAUGGCUGGUAGACACUGUGAAGCGAAAACCAAUAAAUUUUCGGAGUCCUGAAGUAAGAUUACUGUUACCCAAUGACGAUGACUACAAAAAGCUAUCACAACAAAACUUGGUGGACUGGACGCGAUUAAAGAAGGAUUCUAAUUCGGUGCUCGUUGGAGUGAAAUCUAUGGAACUAUUUAAACACAUAAAGCUAGUUUUGCGAGAGUUUUUCUUGUUAGAAGAUGGAAGAAUAAUUCUGAAGAGGAUCAGAAGCAAAUUACGUUACAAAGUUGUCAAGAAAUUAACUUGUAAAUGCUGCAGGUUAUAUUUACCAAAAUGGGGCACCGUGUACAUACAUCCGAUGCUAAAAGAUAAAGAAAAGCCCUUAGCGGGGGUAUGUGAAUUUUCAUUGGAUGUAAACCCUGAUCGGGAGUAUCCCCUUAUUGAGAUCAAUGUUAGUCAUCAAUACAUUAUAAUUGAGGGCUUCCUUCUAUACUUAAAUGAAAGGAGGCUCUAUAGGUGGAACGAUAACAAUUUGAGGAGUCAGGUUGGCUUAACAAAAUGGGCCCAUUUAAGAAAAACUUACAAUCCGGUAAGCCUUGACAUACUUUAUAGUUUGAAUUCAAAUUUUUAUUUUGUAAAGGAUGAUCUGCUAUUUCAAUUAUUAGGAAAGAGGGUAUUUGUUAAAUUUUGUAAAGUAAUGGAAAAUGGAAAAUGCGGUAAGGCUCCACUGUGGUAUCGUGUGAAGAGAACGACAACUGCCAAAGCAACACAUAUUGCAUAUGCCAUAUCAAAUUCAACAGCCCCAGAUUCAUUCAAAAGUAAAAAUAACGAUUAUAGGUUUAUUGUCAGGGAAAAGCCAAUUGUGGAGAAUACUAUCUCCAACCUGGAUUAUUCAGACAUAAAAAAACAGCAGUUUACUGAAGCAGAGGUUGUAAAAAGAAAGAUCUCAGCAGAUAUUUCUCAAAUAGAGAAUGUGCAUACGCAAUUUAAUAGUCAAAAGGAAAAAAAUAAUAUCAGGGUGAAUAAGGUUUCUAGCGAGGUCCUAGAUCAAAUUUCGAAAUUUCCUGUGUCCAGAGUCACCUUACUGUUGAUGUCUGCUGGUCAAGAUAAAAAUUAUAUUGAACUUGUUGAAGAAUUGGCAAGAAGGUUGGAAAAAAUAUGCAUAGAAAAAACCACACAAUCUUUAGAAGAGAUAAGGGAUACUUUUCAGGCGAAUCCUGAGAUGCAGGCUAGCUUUGAUAAGGAAUAUUACCAGAGCAUUGAAGAAUAUAAAAUUACACUCGAACUUAUUAAGGAAGACCUUUUGAUUACUCUGAUAAAACAAAUGGAAAAUAUGUGGGCAGCUGAAAAAAAGUUUAGUACAGAGGAGGAGUAUGUUUCGCCGAGGUUUUUAGUAGCAGAUGGAUUUCUAAUCGACCUAGCAGAGGAAAAACCGAUUAACCCAAAGGAUCCGCGCUUACUGACACUGCUAAAAGAUCAUCAGCGUGCCAUGAUUGACCAAAUGAAUUUAGUUAAGUGGAAUGACUUCAAAAAAUAUCAAGAUCCUAUCCCGCUGAAAGCCAAAACCUUAUUUAAAUUUUGUAAACAAAUAAAGAAAAAAUUCCUACGAGGUGCGGACUUCAAGUUACAUACAUUACCUACAGAAGCAAAUUUAAAGUAUGAGCCGGAGCGGAUGACAGUUUUGUGUUCCUGUGUCCCUAUUCUUUUGGAUGACCAAACUGUCCAAUAUCUGUAUGAUGACAGCAUUAUUCCUGAAUUUGAAGCAACAUCUUCAUAUGCAACAAAGCAGUCAAAGUGUGGGCGGAAAAUGUCUUUGCAAAUGGAGCCUGACCUCCUUUUUCAAGAGGCCAUUAGACGGAUGCGACAUUUAACUGCUUAUGACGUUUUGAGAAGAAACUAUAUUGCGGCAUUUGAGGAGCUAUAUAUGGGAAACUGUAACGAUUAA